AUGGGAGGGGACCCCGCCGCCGCCCUCCAUCUCUUCUGGGCCGUGGCCCGCGAUCUCACGGGGCUCGGGCAGCGGUGCCCCGACGUCUCGCUGAGCUGCCCGGAGCAGCACUGUCCUGCCUGUCCGGGGGUUACGUGCCCGGACAACAACGCCUGCUACCAGCUAGUGGGCGAGUUCGCUGCGGCUGCGCGCAGCGGACGGGCAUCGCCGGCGUGCCCGGCGGCGCAGGUCUGCGAGGCCUGCGAGAGCUGCUUGGACGCCUGCCCCGCGUUCCCGUGGCUGCUGAUCCUGCUGCUCUGCUGCCUGGCGAAGCAGGUGCUGAUCGAUUUCUUCGACGACGAAAACGGGCUGAACUGGCACGCUCGGAUCCUCUUGAUCCCAGGGGGUCAGGGAAGAUGGAUCGUGUGCUCGCCGACGUUGGCCGUGCAGGUCGCCGAUCUCUCGUCGCAUCGGAUCCGGAUUCUUCGGCGGGGAGAGCCGAUCGACCCGGCAUACCUCCGCGAGGCGUUCGUCUUCGACGAGGAGCUGGACGAGGGAGAGCUGGCGCGGAUCCGAGCCGAGGCGCACGAGCUGGCCGAGGUGGCGGGCUUCGACCUGACGGGCUUCAGGCCGGCCGCUGGCCCAGCGGCUGCAGCGGAGAACGCCACGUGGCGGGUCGCGGACCCAGUCCACCGAGCCUUUGGGGAGGUCGUUCCACUGGAUGCGCUUCGAGAUCAGGAGGGCUGCACGCUGGGCGACAAGGUGGGCUGGGUGACGAUCGACGACACAGGCGUCUUGAUCGAGCAGGUCGUGGACGACAGGUUGGAGGCCUGGCUAUCGGCCAAGCGGUGCGGGCCAGGUCGCGAUCCCCGGCUGCUGGGGGACGUUCGGGACCACCGAGGGCUGCGGUACCUGCACCCAGACGAUGCGACGAAGAGGCAGAGCAAGACGAAGAUGCCCUACGAGCCCUUCGAGGGGCCAGAGGCCGCCGAGGAGUUCAUGGUGAAUAUGCUGCGGGUCGGCUUCAACUUCGUGACCCACAACCUGGACUGGGAGGCCAAGAGCGGCGUGUCGCCGAAGUCAGGGUUGGCCCGCGAGCACCGGCAUCUCAGCAGCGCGCUCUUCGUGGCGCAGUCGGUGGACCU